UGAAAAGCGAACGUUCUGUCAAAUAGAUUCGCUGUCUCCUCAGGCCGCUCAACUUUGAACUGUUCAUCAGUGAUACUUUCUGUCGAUUCGUUUUCUGCUACGAACUCCAGCCACCUAAACACAAUACUCUUUCUUAACAAAUUUUAGACUGCGGAGCCUCUUUGCCUACUACUUUCACACUAAAGUCAUGUGUCAUGAAUUACAUGAGUUCUAUUGGAACUGCAGACACCCGGUUGCUGAAGAAGACAUUUACACUCAAUGUCUUGACUAUCCCAACUGUGGGCAUACUUUGCGGGGAGUGGACCCCAAUCUUGGCGGCUGUUAUUAUCAAGAUUGCUCUGUGUAUGGUGCAUGUCCUCGUCCAGAGUGUCAACCAGAGGGCACGAGUCAGAGUACCAAAACCCAUAGCAAGAACGAUCACAACGAAUCUGGGAGUUCUCGAAGGGGAGCUUCUUAGUUCCAGGGGGUUCUCUCUCACCCCCACCUUUUUUCUUCGUCCAAAAUCCGGUCAAACACGUCACAUAUCGCCAAUUCUCACCUGUUCACUCCCCUUAAUUGAACAACAUUCUGCACGAAAUGCUUUCCUGUCGAUCUCAAUUCAAGUCUGAAAUAUCUUCACGCCCAAACCUUUCCACCGAGACCCCCACCUCACCUCAC